CUUGACCUGGUCGAUGCCACGCAGACUUGAACAUAGCUCGCUGUUGGGGGAUGCUGCUCCCAGACCCCAUGUUCCCAAAGUAUGCCGUCAGCCAUGACCAACAAUCAAACCUCGUUCACACAAGUUGCGCCAUGAUGGCAGCAACCCCUGUCACUCCUCAAUCAGAAGCAAUUCCCACCGUCGUCGGCUCAGUGCUUGGCAUGGUUGGGUUCCACGCAACGCUCUCAGGGGGAUCUGCAGGAGCAGGUCCGUGUCGCAUCCCCGCGUCGCCCGAGCCACUCUCAUCAAAAGUUGCAACGAUUUUCGACGCUCAUUUCAUGCACGCAAGCCGUGAUUUCCUUUGGGCGAAAUUGCCAAGGCGGUCUAGAAAGAGAGACGAGGCUUCAACCGCUGCCUGAAAAGGAAUCUCUUUCAAACGUCGACCCCUUCGCUUGGUCGCGUCCAAGCUACGACGGCAAGCCAAUAUCUGCAGACAGGCAGAUGAAACCCCACUUUGCCCUCGCACAUGCACCGCUCUAGUCCUCACCUCCCAAAAAUGUUCAAGCUCGUCCUUUGUCCGCCUGUCGCCUGUCGCCUGUCUCCUGUCACGCUGCAUGGGGGGGGGGGCUUGCUGCGAGACGGCGGACUUGUUCAUGCAAGCUAAGUUACUGGUCAGUCGUCGUGAGUGGGGGUUUGCGUUGCUUUAGUUCCCGUUGUACCCUGAAAAAAAAAGUAAGCCACGCUUGUCCGCAUUGACUGACUCUCAAUUCCAUCACAUGGGAAAGCCC